AUGGAUAUGAACGGCUCCCACCGAAUACCGGCAAAACGAGAGGCCGUCUGGGAGGCUCUCAACGAUCCUGAAGUGCUGAAGGCCUGCAUUCCUGGUUGCGAGAGCUUGGAAAAGACGUCCGAGACGGAAAUGAAUGCUGCGGUGACGACGAAGAUCGGGCCGGUUAAGGCGAAGUUCAAGGGAGCGGUCACGCUUGAGGAUCUCAACCCGCCCGAGAGUUACACGAUCAGGGGAGAAGGCAAGGGCGGCGUUGCCGGUUUUGCCAAGGGAUCGGCGCAAGUCCGGCUGUUGGAAGAAGGGGCUGAGACAGUUCUGAGCUAUGAGGCGAAAGCUCAGGUCGGCGGCAAGCUUGCGCAGCUUGGUAGCCGGUUGGUCGAUUCAACUGCAAAAAAGCUGGCUGACGAGUUUUUCACCAAGUUCACCGAGCGGGUCGGUGAGGGACAGGGGGCACCGGAGGUGAGCCCACCUGCCGACGAUGAACUGGAUGCCGGGGUUGCCGAGGAAGCCAAGCGCAUAGCGAUUGAAGAGACACCCGGUGAAGUUCUGCAUGCGAUCGAGGAAGCCGAGCAUGCGGUCGAGGAGUCGUUGCAAAAGGCGGAAGAAAACCUGGAGGUUGCUGCGGGGCGCAACGCAUAUGGCGGACCGAUGGUGUGGGGCCUAGCGCUGCUUGGCGUGCUGAUCCUCGUGCUUGCGCUUGCAAGCUGA